AUGCCCUUCGACUUCGCCUACGCUGUCAAUGAAGACGGCAAUGAUUACAGCCACAACGCCAAAUCAGAUGGUGACGUCACUCGCGGGGAGUAUAGGAUCGCGUUGCCUGACGGACGCACACAGAUCGUGAGAUAUACAGCCGAUUGGAAAAACGGAUUUAAUGCUGAGGUUUCCUACGAAGGUGAAGCGCGGUAUCCCGAUCAACCCAACGGUUUUCCCGCAGGACCAUCUCAAACAUACGUCCCACCAAACCAAGGCUAUCAUUACUAA